GCCGAUGUCGCUGUCGCGCAGGCAGAGCGAAUCAACUUUUGCGUUCGUCGGCCGCCUUGCCUUUCAGCUUGAUUCACUCAGUACAGUUGAAGACAGUAAAGAAACGUGAAAGCUCUAGCUUAUAGCAAAUUAAUUUAAUAUCGUCUACUACUUCAAACACACAGUUUAAUUUUGAAAAUGGCCGACAAACCAAAACGCCCGCUCUCCGCUUACAUGCUGUGGCUGAACAGCGCUCGUGAGUCGAUCAAACGCGAGAAUCCCGGCAUCAAAGUUACCGAAGUUGCCAAGCGUGGUGGUGAAUUAUGGAGAGCAAUGAAGGAUAAGUCGGAGUGGGAGGCAAAAGCAGCCAAGGCCAAGGACGAUUACGAUCGUGCCGUCAAAGAUUUUGAGGCUAACGGCGGCAGCAGUGCUGCCAAUGGCGGUGCCAAGAAACGUGCAAAGCCCGCGAAAAAACAAGCGAAAAAGAGCAAACGUGAUGAUUCCGAGGACGACGAUGACGAUGAAAGCGAGUAGAUUGAUUGAUCUUCAGACCCCAGUCAAAUAAUAAUAAAAAAAAAAUUACAAAAAAUAAAAAAAAGCAAACAUCAUAUAUGUGAA